GUGUUAUGGUGCAUCGCGCUCGACAGCUUCGCAGCAUUCCUGCACAUACAUUGCUUCUCCUUCCUUCUUGCUAUCCGCUUCCCAGCGACGAUGGCGGACUCCCAGCCAGGCUCUCGUUCCAAUACUCCUUCUCUCGCUCUUCCAAUCAAGCGCCAGCUAGAAGAGGACCACGCGCCCGCAGUAUCAUCACCGCUCAAUCCGAACAUGGACGCUGCCCGAGCGCGUGCGCGAGCUCCCCAGCGAGAACAGAGAGAGAAGCGCGACACUCUGAAGAAAAGGGAGGCUUCCGCAAACACACGCGCUAGCACCCCCAAUUCCAAGUCCAAGAAAGAGACGGUUGUAGCGGAACAUCCCAUGCGGUAUGCCAUCUCGGAGCCCAAACCGCACGAUUACGAACCCCCGAAAGACUGCACCUUCGCCCCCCACGAACCGAAUCCCAUAUUCACCCCGGACGGCCAGAGGGAGCUCAAGCGGACGGUUGAUCAUGCCUGGAACAAGAAAGGGUACAGGUACACACAUUGCGUGGCAGAUCCGCACUUUCGGCAUAAGCAGUUCUUUCGCCAGAGCGAGGUGAAGCCUUACGGGCCACGCAUGAGCUACGAGGACACGGACAAGUGGUUCCAUUUCGACGAAUCAGGUACUAUCAUCACUAACGAGAAAGGCUGGCGUAUGAGCAGAGGCAAUGUCGUCGCGAGGGAAGGGAGAAUGUACUACGAAGUCAAGAUCCUCAAAGGCAUCGCGCCUGGCCAGGGCAAGGAAGCGGCACCGGGGCCACACGUCCGUAUGGGCUGGGCAAGAAGAGAAGCUCCUCUCGAUGCCCCUGUCGGGUUCGACGGCUACAGCUACGGCAUCACAGAUACCCGCUCCGAGGUUAUGCACCGGUCGCGGGCGACAAAGAUAUACAAGCCUCUGCCCAAAAGCGCCAAAAGCAAAGCCAUGAAGCCGCGGCCGCCUCACGGUAAGCCGAUGCCGGUCGAGUAUGUCCCGGAUCAGGAGAUACAGGAAGGGGACGUCAUUGGACUGGAGAUACAGCUUCCCUCGCUCUCUUUGCACCGCAAGGUCGUUGACGGCAUAUACAAUCCCGCAGUAGAUUUGGGCGACGGCUUCGACACACCUACCAUGUCUCAAGACUACUGGAAUCAAGAGAAACCGUUCGACAUUAUUCGAGAUCGAAUCCCUGUACCGUACAAAGGGAAUACUUACUUUGAGCAACUGGAUUUCACAGCCACCAAGGCAGUCGAGGCUUACCACGAUCGCGGUCCAGUCCCCAAGGUCACUCCAUCCCCGAAUCAUGAAGAAGUCAGUGUGCGUUCUCUACCGCACUCUUGCAUCAAAGUGUACAAGAAUGGUAAAGAAGUGGGUUUGGCUUUUGAAAGCCUCCUAGCAUUCCUACCUCCUGCGAGCCAGCCAUCUGUGGAAGCUAUCAAGUCUGGUGCGAGGGUAGGAUACGACGAUGGCAUGUCGGGCUACUUUCCUGCUGUAUCGGCCUUCAACGGGGGUAUAGCCCAGGUCAACUUCGGUCCGGAUUUCUGGUGUCCGCCCCAAGAGCUUCAAAUCCAACGGGAAAAGGACAUCCAGAUGGCUGGGAACGGCACCAACGAACCGCAGAUACCGCUGGGCCGAAAGCUCCGGCCUAUUGGCGAUCGGUUCAAGGAGCAGAUUGCGGAGGACGUAACGUGGGACAUAAUCGAUGAGGUGGAUUUCUUCGUCCAGGACGGCGGGUGGGAGUACAAGGGCGAGGACUUGGAUAAAAUGGCGGGGAGGUCUGCGCCCAAAGCAAGAGGAUUUGUCAAUCCAGACGAAAAUCUCGGGGUCGAGGUAGGAAGGCGGUACUAGGAGGUCGCUUAAUGUGUACUUCUGGAGGGUAGAAGGCUUGAUAGUCCAUGCCAGCAUCCCUAUUGCUACAUAUUAUAGACGAUAGAGUUGGUCGAAGUCGGUUCCGAGACCAAGUCAGUCCUCCGUACCGGCAUCGGCGACGGCGUCUCUCCAGGGCUGUGAAAGUCUGCAUUCCGCGCGGCUAGACCUAAAUAGGAAACGG